UGUUGCUGCGGAGGACAUCCGUAGAAAAUUUCUUCUUUCCUGUUCUUUUUUUGUGUGUGGAUAAUGUAUAUAUUUUUUUCGGGGACUCAAGAAAGGCAGGAAGGGUAAAUAGAUCGUCGAAUAUUUAUUUUUCCUAAUAUUGUGUUUGCAUUUUAGAAAAUAUAUUCUGAAGAUUUUGUGUUUUUACGUUGGUACCAAAUUCUGCACAGAGUAUAUAUCGCUGUGAAUUUGCUUUAACAAAUUUUCUCUUUCGUUUCUAAUGGAACAUAUUUCUCCCGUGGCGUCGAGAUUUUGUCUGCAUUACUGUUUGGCGUUUUCAAUAAGGAAAUCAAAUAAUAUCUGAUUCACUUUCGAAUCGUAAGAAGUUUGAAAAAGUCUGAAACUUGGAACUGGAAGGUGUCUUCUUUUGAUACUUUUGAAUUCGAUGGCCCAAUUUUCCUGGAAAAUUUCACAUCGCGACGAUCAUGUGAUCGGAAAAUGAGGCGGUGUUAAGAUCUUAUGCUUCAGGGUUUGAUCUUAUCCGGGGAUUUCGAUCAUGGGGAAGGAGAAUGCUGGAUCUGGCAAUGCAGUUGUGCUCCAUGGCCGCCCUUUUACGCGUGCCUUUGCAUCUACUUUGCGUUCUUCGGGACAGAUAAAACAUUCAGAAGUGGCUAUAACACAGAAUCAGCAAUGGGCGCCGAGAGCUAACAUAAAAAGAACAGCCUUAGAGGAGAAGAAAGCCAAUGGAUCUAAGAAGCGUGCCAUUCUAAGGGAUGCCACCAAUUUUAGCUGCAGGAAUUCAUACAAAAGCUGCCUUAAUGUUUCCAAAGUUCAGGCAAAGACCAUCCAUCAGAUCCAGAAAGGACGGGCGAGUUCUUGUGUUACUUCACAAGUAUCUGAUCUUCAACCCGGGACAGAAGCAACAGCUGCUGAGUCUGGACUGAGUAAAGCAUCAAAUACAUCAAGAAACCCGCGUCUUUAUUCAGGAACGAGCUUACUCACAAGUGACAGAGCUGCUAACUGUGAUGAGAAGCCGAAUUCUAGAUUGUCUCCACGGCCUCCCGAAAAAUCAGCUUCUAAAUUGGAGAAAAGUGAUACCGUCGGGAGUUUAGCAGAACUGGAUAAUCCAAAAUUCAUAGACAUUGACUCGGAUCAAAAGGAUCCUCUACUCUGCAGCCUUUAUGCGCCUGAAAUUUACCACAACCUUCGAGUUGCAGAGCUAAAGCGUAGACCUUUUCCUGAUUUUAUGGAGAGAAUACAGAAGGAUAUCACUCAAACCAUGCGGGGAAUUCUAGUUGAUUGGCUCGUGGAGGUCUCUGAGGAAUACACACUGGUGCCCGACACCUUGUACCUCACGGUGUAUCUCAUAGACUGGUUCUUGCAUGGAAACUACCUCAAAAGGCAACGGCUUCAACUGCUUGGCAUCACUUGCAUGCUGAUUGCUUCGAAGUAUGAAGAAGUAUGUGCACCGCGCAUUGAGGAGUUCUGCUUCAUCACGGAUAACACUUACGCGAGAAAUCAGGUACUGGAAAUGGAGAACGAAGUACUCAAGUAUUUUGGCUUUCAAAUACACACUCCCACCUCAAAAACAUUCCUCAGGAGAUUUCUUCGAGCGGCGCAAGAAUCUCACCUGAACUGGAGUCUCGAACUGGAGUUUCUGGCCAAUUAUCUGACGGAAUUGACGUUAAUAGACUAUGGUUUUCUCAAGUUUCUUCCUUCUCUUAUCGCCGCUUCUGCUGUUUUUCUCGCCAAGUGGACAUUGGAUCAAUCAUGCCACCCUUGGAAUCCGACUCUAGAGCAUUACACAACGUAUAGAGCAUCUGAUCUGAAAACAUCGGUUUUCGCCUUGCAAGAGUUGCAGCUCAACACCAGAGCAUGCCCCUUGAACGCUAUUCGCUUCAAGUAUAGGCAAGAGAAGUUCAAGUUCGUGGCUGCUCUGUCUUCUCCGAAACUGCUUGACACGUUAUUCUAAUGGCCUAAACCGGGCGGUUCAUCUCUUGAUCCACAACUUUUUGGUCUUUUUUUCACAUUGAUCGUUUAAUCAAAGUAGUAUAAAAUUUAUAUUUGUCCAUAAAACUGGUCCCACGUUCCAACUCGUCCCCACAUUAAAUCCGGUCUAUUGUGGGUUGGUUUGGUUCUCUUGAAUUUAGAACGUUAGAUCGGUUUGGUUCUUCAGAACUCGGUUUACUAACCGGUAGCACCAGAUUAGUUGUUUGUUUGCAUUUCUCGUAUGUACAUUUUUUUUGCCUUAAUCCGGACAGUUAUAUUGCCACAUAAUGUAACAGUUUGGAUUUUUUUUAGAAUACUGUAAUUUCUAUUU